AUGACAUUAGAAAUUGCCAAGGCUGGAUGGCUGUACCGUCAAAGUACCAUACUUCGACGGUGGAAGAAGACUUGGUUUGUAUUAUACCAGGAUGGUGAUCUUCGAUACUUUGAGAGUCCCAACAGUCAUGAGCCAGAGGCCCGUAUUGUAGUUAGAGCUGUGUGUAGUGCUAUUCAGGCAGGGCAGUUGUGUGAGAACUCUGCUCCAGAGGGUAAGACAAAGGAUUGCUUACUCACUUUGAUCCUACGUGAUGGAGAACUCCGUCUCUGUGCUGAAGAUCCAGAUGACAUGAGGGCAUGGCAAAUAGCUUUAGAGGAGGCCAGAGUUCUUCCCCCUGGGUCAGCUGUUCAUGCUCUGCCACCACCCUACACAGCUGGACCACCGAUUUACACAGCUAAUUUAGCAACAGACCUACGGUCCUAUCCUUACCAAGUGGCCGGUGCUAGCAGUGUGGUGUAUCCACGGCAACAGGUCCAAUACUAUUACCCCGGCCAGGUGAUAUCUACCAAUCCCUAUACUACUGUCAUGGCUCCACCUGCCAGUCAGCCUGCAAAUAACAUUGUCUAUGUGAACCAAUUACAAGAUCAAUAUCUAUAUGGCCGUCGACGCUAUGAUGGAGGUGACCUGGCUAUGGGCAUGGUGGCUGGGGCAGCACUCGGAUCCAUGAUGUGGGGCCCAGUCCUCUACUGGUGA